GCCCUGGCCGCCGUCUGGGCGGGCGGCAUCGUGUGCGACGCGGCCGCGCACGAGGAGCACGUGGGCAAGGCCUUCCUGCAGGUCAUCGCGCACACGGACUUCUGCAACGCCUACAAGAGGACCACGGACAUCGCCAUGCUGGUCACCAUGUUCGGCUGGUUCGCCAUGGUGAUCUCCUACCUGGUCUACUACGUGCGGCAGAACCAGGAGGACGCGCGGCGCCACCUCGAGUACCUCAAGUCGCUGCCCAGCAAGCAGCGGCGCUCGGAGGAGUCGUCCACCAUCAGCACGGUGGUGUGA